ACGCUCUCAUAAAUAUUUAUUCGUCGCCACUGUAAACUGAGGAUAUCCAGAAAAAGGGUUAGUCUCGCUGCGCUGUUUAAGGGUUUCGUUUGUUACCAAAGGAAGAAGAAGAAGAUGCCAGGACCAGUUGUUGAGGAAGUUAACAUUGAGGAGCAAUUGAUGGAAGCCAUCAAAGAGCAAAUGAAGCUCGAGAAGGAAGAUGAUGUUGUUGUUGAGGAUGUGAAAGACGGAGAGGAUGACGACGACGACGAUGACGAUGAGAACGUCGAUGAAGCUGGUGAGAAUGAGAGUUCAAAGCAAAGUAGAAGCGAGAAGAAAAGCCGCAAAGCAAUGCUGAAACUUGGAAUGAAACCAGUCACAGAUGUUAGCAGAGUGACAAUCAAGAGAUCGAAGAAUGUUUUGUUUGUCAUCUCGAAGCCAGAUGUUUUCAAGAGUCCCAACUCUGAGACCUAUGUGAUAUUCGGCGAGGCCAAGAUUGAUGACAUGAGCUCUCAGCUACAAGCACAAGCUGCUCAGAGGUUCAAGAUGCCAGACGUUGCGUCUUUGACUCCUAACGCUGAUGCUUCUGAAGUAGCCACGGUUGCACAAGACGAGGAAGAUGAUGAAGAUGUUGAUGAGACUGGUGUUGAAGCCAAGGACAUUGAUCUUGUGAUGACUCAAGCUGGUGUCACAAAGGGCAAAGCUAUUAAGGCACUUAAAGCUAAUGAUGGAGACAUUGUUUCCGCCAUUAUGGAACUCACUACAUAGGUUUUGAGUUGCAGAACAUAGUUCUCAGCGACGGGUCCUUUCCUUUUCAAUCCACUUCUCUUUUCGCUAAGUAUUUUUCUUGAAGAUUAUUUGUCUUUUCUCGACUUUUUAAGGCUAUUUUUUUCUUCUCUGAGCCAUAAAUGAAGCUGCUUUAAAUCUAUGGUAUGAGACAUUUAUGUCUGAUGUUUUAGACAGUUUAGUAAGAACGAUAUAAGAGAUCUGUUUUUACAUAUCA